GCACUGACUGGCGGCACUGAUGGGCACUACUGGGCGGCACUGGUGGGCACAGGUGAGUGACACUGAAAAGUGUCCUGUGAAGGAACGGACUGACAACUCAUGGGGCCCCCGGGCAAUAGGGGAUCAUGGGGCCCCUGUGCCCUUGCCCAAACUCAUAAAAGCCUAUGAAAAAGGUACCAGGGGCAUCUCAUGGGGCCCCCUACUGACCUCGGGCCUUCGGGCAGUGCCCCAGUUUCCAAAUGGUCAGUCCGCCCCUGGUCCUGUGUCU